AGGUGUGCUCCCAGCACCUACCCGAACCCCGAACACGCCGGAGCUUUUCACAGCUGGAGAAAGAAUAAGUGCUCCUUCAACACUGCUGAUGUCUUGAGCAACAAUAUAAUUCGGAUCUAGGAGAAAACUCUUAGUUCCCAGAAUGGAGGAAAACACUUCCAGUAGUGGAACAGCUUCCCUAACCAGUGGAGAGAUUCCACGGAGCAGGUCAGAGGGGACUUUGAUUGACGUGGAUGACCGAACACCUUCAGCCAGCUACAAUGUCAAUGAAAGUAAAUUGGAUUUGGAUAUUCACUGGUCUGAUGUAUUCAAACAUGCCCGUGCUGUUUCCAAGACUAAUCCUUUCUGGAAUGAACUAUCAGCCUCCAAUCCUUUCGUACAUGACAUAGCUGUUUCAAAUAGAAAUGAAAAUAACAAAUACCUUUCGAUCUUAAAAGAAAAACCCUAUUUGUUCUCCAAAGUUUCUAGCAACAGGGAUUCUUUGGCUUCCUCAGGUGAUGAGCUAGAUAUUGAUUGUCUUCUAAGAAAGACUUCAUCAAGAAGAUCUGGACGAUCCAAGAGUGUCUCUGACUUCCUGGAUAUUGUUGAUAACCGAAAAUUUAAUCCUCGCAAGACACCACCUCAAAAAACUAUAGCUUCAGACAUGACGUGGCUUCAAAAUGACCGUGAAGCCUACAAGAUGGCUUGGUUGAGUCACCGACAACUCACCCGGUCUUGCCUAGAUUUAGAAGCCAUGAGCCAUAGUCCUGGAUGGGCACAAACGCAAGCUACAGACAUUCACGUGGUUUGUAAACUGAAUCAUGAAGGGGGUUCAGUACAGCUACCUGACUCAGAUAUCAACAUUCACGUGCCUGUGGGCCAUGUGUUACCUGGGGAAUUCCAAGAAGUUGGUUUAAAGGCUAUCCUUAACCCUCCAUCAUCAUUUAAUAAUGAAAUGUCUAGCACCGUAAGUCCUCUGAUAGAACUUACACUGAGCAACCUCAACACGAAGGAAGCUAUUUUCCUAGAGGUGAAAGUUGCAGCUAAAGUGAAGAAUGAUCCACUCAGCCAAGUUAUGAGUGAUAUUGUGUGUUUUUUUAGUCUCAAUAAAGAAGGGCCUUUUAAGAAACUGGAGAAUUGCUACACUUAUCAAGAUACCAUACAAGUGAAGCUAACGGACCUAAGUCACGUGAUGUAUGCGGUGAUCGCUGUACAAGCAAACAAAAUUCAGCCUCCAGCAACUAAUGUCUGGGACUACGUUCAUAGAACAGUCUCAGUUGGAAUUUAUGGUCCCAAAUAUAUUCAUCCAUCUUUUACAGCAGUUUUUACAGUCUUUGGUCACAACUACAUUCCAGGAAAACUUACAAUUUAUGAUAUAAAAAAGGGGGGGAAAAGUAUGCCUCCUGUUGUGUUUCAACUGUGGGGAAAACAUACAUUUCUGCUUGAAAAGCCACAAGAUCUAAACAUUUCUUUGGUAUCCUGUGAUCCAGAUUUUGAAGUGAAGCUGGAAGACCAAAGCAAAAAUAUUAAAGAGGAAGAGCUGAAAACUGGUGAAAUGGUCCGCCAACAAUUCCUGUUUUCCAUGCUUGGAUGUAGGGAGAUGCACUUCUUUGUUUUCCUCGUUCAGAUUAAAGUCUUAAAAAGUAGCCAAGUAAUGCAGUUCCAUGUUACGACUCCUGAUCCAGCUCCAAAAUUAAGUGGAAUUAUCAAUAAGCCAAAGCGCUUACACAACCGCAAAGAAAUCAAGUCUGCGCCUUUGCUUUUAAUACCAACAGUUAAAUAUCCAAAGUUUCAAGAUAAAACUUUGAGUGUUAAUACAUAUGGAGUGGCUUUGAAAACUGUGUUACGUCAAAAUAAGAUUGACUAUUUGCUAGAAUAUUUUAAAGGGGACACAAUAGCACUUCUAGGUGAAGAUAAAGUAAAAGCCAUUGGACAAACUAAAAUAAAAGAGUGGUAUGUAGGAGUUCUCAGAAAAAAGAUUGGUCUUGUACAUUGCAAAAACAUUAAAGUGAUUUCCAAAGAACAAGCUAUGGACACUGCUGAUAGUGAGCUAACAACCAGGAAUCUUGUUGAACAAAUUGCAUUGCCAUUCAAAAAACUGACUUACAUCUACUCUGUAGUUCUGUCUACAGUAUCAGAGAGUGUUUAUGAUUGGAGAGCUUUGGCUGAGGUGCUAGGAUAUUCACACUUGUCUUUGGAUGACUUUAAUGAGACACUUGCUGAUAAAGAAUCAGAGAGAGUAGCGCACAUUGUGAAGAGGAUGAAGGAAGAUUGCCACGCGAACAGAAAAAAAAGACUAUUUCUUUAUGAGCUCAUUGUUGCACUUUUGAAAAUAGAUUGCCAGGGAUUAGUGGCACGUCUUACCCAGGACACCAUCAUUUUGACUUCAGCUGUCAAGCUUGGCAAAUACUGGCGGGAGCUUGCGGAGAAGCUAGCCCGACUCACAAAGCAGCAAAUCGAGGCUUAUGAAGUACCCCACCAAGGGAAAAAUGGCGUGGUAGCUCUGGAGAUGAUGUGGAAGCCUGCAUAUGACUUUCUCUACACGUGGGGUGCCCAUUAUGGAGACAGCUACAGGGAUGUACUGCAAGAUCUGCAAUCAGCCUUGGAUAAAAUGAAAAACCCAGUAACAAAACAGUGGCGAGAGUUAACUGGAACGUUAAUUCUUGUGAACUGCAUGGAGGUGCUAAGGGCAAGUGCUUUCUCCAAAACAGAGGAAGAGGAAUAGUUCACCAAGAUAUGUUUUUGGGGAAAUCUCUUGAGAAACUGUACUGCUGAUAUUUGUGUUUCAGUGAUGCUUGCAGAACAGGACAGAAUGCCCCAUGGUUCUCAGCUACAGAUCGUCAGAACUUGCUAAGGACUACCAAAUAAAUAAGAAAAGAGUGGGGGAUUCAACUAGUGAGGUCAACAAAAAUGACUUGAAUUCUGCACUGUAGGUUGCAAAAAGGAGCUAUUUCUGAUUCAACUGACUUUCAGGUGGAGAUCAGUUUUAAAAACAGAACUAUGCAUGGUUGAGUUCAGCCUGCGGGGCCUAGGUUUACAUUUUUUGCAGUAGGGUAUUAAAAUUAAAUAUUUAAUACAUUAUUUUAAUUCGUGCCCAAAACCCUCAACUCUAAGUCAAUGGGUGCAGGGUAGCCUAGAAAAAAACUUUAGGAUUUUUCUGUUCUCAACUGAGACGAAAUUAAUCUCAUCUCACAAAACAGAAAUUCAACAGUUAUUUGCACCUGGAAAAAUUGAUGUGUGCUGCUCAGUCCUUCCAAAACAACUUCUGCUGUCUUUUCUGGAGACUGGAAGAGAAAAAAGCGAUGUCAUGGUCAAAGGUGAUUGGUUUGUUGAUGUAAUUCAACACUGUUUGUAUAUGUGGGGGUUUUUUGGUGUUUUUUUUUUGUUGUUGUUGUUUUGGGGUUUUUUUGACAUUCCAGCAAAUUUGUCUAGAUUCUGCUGAGCGGAAAUUCAGGAAGCCUUCUCGGCGUACACUGUCCGUCCCUCUGAACAUUUGCUUAUUCCUACUCUGUUGUUAAUAAAUAGGUAAAUAGGGAAGAGUGGGUACAAGGGCUGUAGACAGCUCACACCUGCUUCUGUUAAUAAUUUUCUUCCACCUUACUGUAUGAAGAAUAUGGGGUGAUGGCUAUUAUUUUCUCAAAAAAAGUUAACAGUGGCAUGCUUUUUAGAUGCAUUUAUUUAUGGAGCAAUUAAUUAUCAUUAGUCAUAUGCUCUAAAAAGAACCCUGCUUAGCUGCUAUCAACAAAAAUAUUUCGAUUCCAGAGUAGCUUAUUAUAAAUACAGAAAAUACAGGAUGAAUAAUAGCUACAGGCUAACCGAUGUUAUUUAAUUUUUUAACAUGAUGUUAAAUAUAUUUUUAGUUAAGUGGUAGAUGUAAAAGGUUAAAGCCAUUUUGAGCAGCUUUGAUCAACAUUCAUUCAGAAACUUCAGCAAAUACUCAUGACAACCAGUUGAAAAGAAAAUUGGUGUUCUGCCAUCAUUUGCAGUUGACAAGACAAAGCUAAAUUCUUUCAGGAGUACCGCAAAGGAGUAACAUUUCAGUCCAUAACCUGUGCUUCCACUUAGUUGAUCUCUACUAAGAAGGGAGGUUUUGUGAUUCUAAAACAAAACUGUACAUUUAAAUAUUUUUCUUCCCCUCCCCUUUCCUCUAACCUGCUUUCUUUUCUACUUUCAUUAGGCUUUCGCAAAGCACACAUAGCUCAGGAAGGAGGCUGAGGAAAGAGCACUUGCUUCAGUAAUAGGAAAUAGAAAGCAGAAUAGACCUUAAAUUAAAAUAAAUUCUUUAAAAUAAUACUUACAAAGUACCACCGCACAUUCCCAGGAAAACUUUUUGGAGGUUUCUCAGACUGCUGCUGUGAAACCUGAACAGGAUUUUGCAGUUGUGCAACAGGUCACACACCAUCUGCCUGCUUAAAACUGCAGGGAAAUACUUUUUUUGCUCCCUAAUAGCUGAAAUACCAGAGGAGAUCACAGAGAAAAUCUUUCAGAUUCACGAUGUUCUCUCACCAGCUGUUCUUCCCGUGUCCCAGCAGGCCAUGCUCACUUACUUAAAGCCUGUUAAGCACCUUUAUUUUUUCUUUUUUUUUUUCUUUUUUUCUUUUUUACCCUCUUUUGUUAACCUGGCUGCAGCAGCUAAGCAACUCAGGUUACUCCUGUUUCUGAAGACAGGUCUCUGCUUCCAUCCUUUUUUUUUGCACAUCUUAAUUUCUUACCUUUACUAAAUGUGUGUUUACUACACGGCCUAUUGAAAAAGAAAGUAAUUUCUUGGUUCAGUCCUGAAUUAUUCUGUUAUUGCUACUAGUCGAAAGAGGGGGAAAAGCUACCAAAAGCACCCAUUCCUAGUUGUGUGAUUUUACCAAAUAUGAAGGACAAGCUGCCCAAAGUCUUCAAGGCUGAAGGACAAUCCAUCCUGAGAAAGUGGUCAGUGAUCAGGAUUGGGAAGAGAAGUGCCUGGGGAGCAGAGGUUGCUGCCGGUUCUUCUCAUGGCCAGGCCCUUUCAUUGCUGUGAAACAACGGCAAAGUUGUUUCUGUCUUGAAUGAGUUGAAUUUGGCCCAGUAGAUUUAGCAAAUAUUGACUUAGUGAGUCAGUGUUCUCCUUAGCUUGCAGAAUUAUGCAACUGAUCCUCCAAGAAUAUUUCUUUAAAAGGGAAUUUAUAUCUGUCUGUAGUUGUGCUGUACUCCAGGGUCUUCGACUGUGGGCUUUGGUUGCUAAUUGCGCUCCCCAUUUUUACUUUAAGCUUCUGCUCAUAUGAAUGAAAUGUGCACUCGUGCAAUAUUCUGUUUACUUUAGCAGCCCACACUGGAUAUAUUAAAAAAAAAAAAGGGUAUUAAAACCCCAUAUUUUAUUCUCUAAUAUUCAAAACCACAAAAUGCCAACUGAGAGUGGAAGCAGCUGCACUCAGCGGCAGCACACAGCUAGGAGCACAUGGCUUUGGUAAACACACUCUGUUCUUGACCUUUUCUCCUUUCCUCCCACCCUGUCAAGAGAGAACAGCUUUCCCAUGAGCCUGCACACAUACCUUCUUGGAUUUCUGCGAAGUGGGAUGAGACUAACAACUCCUUGGGAGGAGACAAGGAAAAAUACCAGCCCCUGGUCUUUGCCUUAAAUGACCCUCUGCUUCCAGUUUACCAAUUUCUUUGAGUAGCCUGGGGAAAAGAGCUGUGUCAGCCAGUUCCAUUUCCCUUUGUAUGUGUAGGCAGAAAAAACACCCCUUUCACCUUCCUUCUAAGCUCUGAAUAGGUAUGUUUCUUAAGCAAAUGAGCAAAUGAAAAACUUGUGAGUGCACUGAUUGCUUUACAAUUCCACCUACCCAUGAGAGCUGGAAAAAUGGUUCCCUCAGGCCUGGCUGCACCUGAGUGGGGCAGACACCUUCCACAGUGGGCAGCGGCAAGGAAAAUCUAGCUGUCAGAAAUGAUGUUUUUCCAAUGAAGUUGGAAGCCACUGCUGUUGUUACAGUGCAGAGGUAUCUCAGCUCCAUGCUCCACUACCACAGUAAGGUGACAUAUUUCUGAAUUAAGAAGAGUCAAGACAGGAGAGAAAAGGUAAAUUAUUCCCCCACGUAAGUUCCAGUCGUCCAGUUGGGUUUUGGGAAGGAUUCUGUUCCUUAGAUUUCACUCACUUUUUUUUGGAAAGCAGAGGUUUAGGGAAGGGAAAGGAAGUUUCUUUUAAAAUAUAAGUAAAGGGCUACUCCCCAAGAAAGUCUACAGGCAGCAGGUCAGACACCAAGAGCAAGCUGCAGGUUGAAGGGCGUUCUUUGGGGAAUUGUCCAGGGAAGAGAAGGGGAGGAACCAUCAGACAUCCUUCUUCCUACUGAGGCCGGAAAAAUGGGGAGAGGUGGGCAAGUGUCUCUUUUAAGUCCCUUUUUUUUGUUGUUGUUGCUGUGAAAAUGACUGAUUUUCACAAAUUCUUCUCGUAAACCUAAGCUCUUUGAAAAGCAAACACUAAGCAGCUCCAAAGAAACAACUCUAUUUUGUUUUGUGGAGUUGACUCUGAAGACUUAUUCCUAAAGUACUUCUGGAUUCAGUAAGUGAUCAAGCCAACAAUGGUCUACUAAAUAAUAAAGGCUAUUGUUUAGAACUGAAGAUGGUAAUACCAUGUUCCCAGCUAAACCCAGUGAUCUAGCUUUUUUAUCAUCUAAUAGCUUUUUCAGCUGUGGUCAGCUGAACCAAAUAGGAAUAUAAAGCUUUGCUGUUUUGUUCUGUUUGUGUUGUAGCUAUGAAAAUUACCCAUGAAAAGACAAUACAAUGGAGAGUAAGGGGGUUGGAUUUUUUUUCCCACCCUAGGAAAAGCAUGUAGCAAAUGGUAUUCUGCACAUUAGUGUGAGACAUCAGCCAGUCUAUUAAAUUCUUUGGAGAAGUCCUAAAGCAAUUGUAGAUAUGUAAAGAAAAUGUUAGUCCAGUGUGGGUGAUAACCAUUUUUCUUGAGAGUUCUGCUGUCAAUAAAUGUCUCCAGACAGUAUGGGACAUCGUUCUUCAAAUAACCUGUGAUUAGUCUUAGAACAGAAAGUGCCAUUUUA